AUGGAUCUACCAAUGCGGGAUGCAUGGAUAUCGAUGUACCCGUUCAAACGGCUCAAGUUGAGGCUAUUGCCAGCUAAGGUCGACGACAACUACUUCCAGCUCCUAUUUCUGUGGAAGAGUCAAGUCUUUUUUGCGUCUUCGAUGACGACGAUCUCCAAGUCGCACGACUUCUUCACUUUGUACGACAAUGUCAAUUGGAGACCAAACAGUUUGCAGGAGCGAAAAGAGCACGAGAAAAAAGUACAUGGCAAAGUUGAGGCGAUCGAUAGGUGUAAGUACCAUCUACUCGCGUAA